CAUGUGGUGAUUGGGUGAUUUCGAUAAACACACAAAUUGAUGACAGUUGAAGAGCAGAACAUUCAAAAUCAAUUUGUUUUUAGAUUUUAUUUAAUUAAUUAUUUCCUCAAUGGAACCGACGAGGGAACCAGUGAAUCAGUGUAGAUAUGGAACUAAUUGUUAUCGCAAAAAUCCCACUCAUUUUAAGGAAUAUUCUCACAAGCAUUUGUUUGAUAUAAGAACGAAAGGCAAAAAUGCCGCCAACAAAUACACUGUACCCGAUGAGCAUUCGUUCAGCGAAGACAUUAUUUUGGAGCAGCUUGAAAUUUUGGACAGUUUGUUUCCAGCUGCAAAGGCGCGAAUCAGAACAGCUGAUGUUGUUGAGAAAAGGCACUCUUCAGGCGAUGACAAAACAUGUCCUGCAGCUAAACGACAAAAGGUCGAAACGGAAACCAAUAGCAUAAAUAUCAAAGCUCAAUCUCCAAUCUGUUCAACAUCAACUUCAGACAAAAAUGUGACAGUUGAAAAGACCGCUCAACAGCCACAACAGCCACAACAGCCACUGUCCCGACUAGAAUUAAAGGAAUCGAUCAAGAGGGCGUUCGAAGCUUCAAAAAAUAACAAUUCGGACGUGAAGGAAUCCAAUGCUGUUGCAGCAUCCUCGCCAUCACGAUUCACUACUGAUUCGUCGAAAACAGCAGCAGCAGCAACCGCGGCCACUUCGUCGAAAAUAACUCGAGAUAUCCAUCAGUACGUAUCGGUGGUUAAUCCAAAGGGACAAACGCAAAAGAAACUAGAUCAAGCCGCACCGUACAAUUUCUUUCUCACAACGAUUACUGAUUCCAAACCGACACAUCGGGAACCAUUGUCCAUAACAUUUCAAGAAAUUCUCGAUCAGAGCUUGGGCGAACUGGAAUCCUCUGUUCAGAUAAACUUCAUGAUCGAUAUUGGCUGGCUGUUGGCACACUACUAUUUCGCUGGUUAUUUGGACAAACCACUGCUUGUUCUAUAUGGAGACGAGACACCAGACCUGAAAUCUAUACAGACGAAAAAGCCACAAGUCACUGCAGUUAAGGUCAAAAUGGACAGUCCCUUCGGAACUCAUCACACUAAAAUGAUGCUUCUGGGCUACAAAGACGGGUCAAUGCGUGUGGUUGUCUCUACAGCUAAUUUAGUCGAAGACGAUUGGCAUAAUCGCACUCAAGGCAUCUGGUUGAGUCCCAGGUGUCCGCAAUUACCAGAUGAUGCUGACACAGAUAGUGGAGAUAGUAAAACUGGGUUCAAAGAAGAUUUCCUGCGAUAUUUGGUCAAGUACAAUAUAACCAGCCUGCAGCCUUGGAUUGUUCGAGUUCGACGAACCGAUUUUUCGGCAAUCAAUGUUUUCUUUGUGGCAUCGGUUCCUGGUGGACAUCGCGAAACGCCACACGGCCAUCAAUGGGGUCACCCUAAAGUUGGUCGCAUUCUGUCAAAACAUUGUCCACCGAUCGACGAUAAUUGUCCAAUUGUAGCCCAAUGUUCCAGUAUCGGAAGUCUGGGACCCAAUGUCCAGUCGUGGAUCGGAAACGAUAUCGUCAAUAGUUUUCGCAAGGACCAAGCACCGGCUGGACUGCGUAAGAUUCCGCAAUUCAAGUUGAUCUAUCCGAGUUUUUCGAAUGUAAAGAAUAGUCACGACGAUCUGUUGGGUGGCGGUUGUUUGCCUUAUCGAAAAGCUGUGAAUGAGAAGCAACAUUGGUUAAAGAAUCAUAUGCAACAAUGGGUAGCAAGUUCACGUCAUCGAUCCCAAGCAAUGCCUCAUAUUAAAACGUAUUGUCGCUGGUCAGACCGUAAAUUGCACUGGUUCAUGUUGACAUCGGCCAACAUGUCGAAAGCAGCUUGGGGUGCAUUUAACAAAGGAACGAAUCUGGAUGUCCCUUUGCGAAUAAUGAGCUAUGAGGCUGGCGUGCUAUUUCUGCCAAAAUUCGUUCUGGACGAUGAGAAAUACUUCCCACUUCAUCAGCACCAAAACAAUGUUCCGCCGUUUCCAUUGCCCUACGAUAUUCCGUUGAAACCAUAUAAGCCGGAUGACACACCAUUUUUUAUGGACGUUUUACUUAGAUGAGCUGAUUUUUUGAUAUUUUUCGUUUUUAAAUUAAUUUUGUAUUUGUUUGUCAUGACGACGUGAUUAUAGAGGAUGGUAAUUAUUCC